CUCACUGACACUGACAGCCUACGCCAUGAAUCGGCGAUCUUUAUUGUCAACAAUUUGUUUAGCUGAGUUAACAAGUUCUAUAUUUGCUCGCCCGUAAUUAAUUUUCCUACCUCAAACUCUUCAAUAAGAUUAAAAGAAUAAACAGCCCAACAUGACAAGUCUGGACGAUAAAACUCUGUGGAAUGAUGGCGAAGAAGCACUUGGUGAAGAAGUGUUGCGAAUGUCCAGUGAUGAAAUUAUAAGCAGAACCAGAUUGAUGGACAACGAGAUAAAAAUUAUGAAAAGCGAAGUGAUGAGAAUCAAUCACGAGUUGCAGGCGCAGAACGAGAAGAUUAAGGAAAAUACUGAAAAAAUCAAGGUGAACAAAACCUUGCCCUAUCUGGUUUCUAAUGUUAUUGAACUGCUGGAUGUCGACCCCCAAGAAGAGGAGGAAGAUGGGGCUGUAGUGGAUCUGGAUUCCCAGAGAAAGGGGAAAUGUGCAGUGGUGAAAACUUCUACGAGACAAACCUACUUCCUUCCGGUAAUAGGGCUUGUUGAUGAAGACAAACUGAAACCUGGUGACUUAGUAGGCGUCAAUAAAGAUUCGUACCUAAUUUUAGAAACGUUGCCUGCCGAAUAUGAUGCUCGAGUGAAAGCUAUGGAGGUGGACGAAAGACCAACCGAACAAUAUUCCGAUAUCGGCGGUUUGGACAAGCAAAUCCAAGAACUUAUUGAAGCUGUGGUGUUGCCAAUGACACACAAAGACAAGUUUGUAAACCUUGGAAUUCAGCCACCAAAAGGAGUGUUGUUGUAUGGACCUCCUGGUACCGGCAAAACGUUGCUGGCCAGAGCUUGCGCUGCACAAACCAAGUCCACUUUCCUGAAGUUAGCAGGACCUCAAUUAGUUCAAAUGUUUAUUGGCGACGGGGCCAAACUUGUUAGAGACGCUUUUGCGUUGGCCAAGGAAAAAGCUCCAGCAAUUAUUUUCAUUGAUGAGUUAGAUGCUAUUGGAACGAAGAGAUUUGAUUCGGAGAAGGCAGGAGACAGGGAAGUGCAGAGAACCAUGUUGGAGCUGUUAAACCAGUUGGAUGGCUUCAGUUCAACGGCUGAUAUCAAAGUUAUUGCAGCAACAAACCGUGUGGACAUUUUGGACCCAGCCCUCCUAAGAUCUGGUCGUUUAGAUCGAAAAAUCGAAUUUCCUCAUCCGAAUGAAGAAGCCAGGGCCAGGAUUAUGCAAAUUCAUUCUCGUAAAAUGACGGUUAAUCCGGACGUUAAUUUUGAAGAACUGGCAAGGAGUACAGAUGAUUUCAACGGGGCACAAUGUAAAGCUGUUUGCGUUGAAGCUGGCAUGAUAGCUUUAAGGAGAAAUGCCACUGCUGUAACACACGAAGACUACAUGGAUGCCAUUAUGGAGGUUCAAGCUAAGAAGAAGGCAAAUUUGAACUAUUAUGCUUAAUUUUAUUUUAGUAUUCUUGUAUUCAAUAAAUUGUAAAGAAAAUAA